UUUUCCCUCUGAAACAGUCGGCAGUUCAAGAUGGCGGCUUUCAACGCUGAACAGUGGCUGAAUGACUUACCAAACCACGCAAUUUUCAAAAGAUUACGCGAAAACCUUCAUUCGGGACCAAAAGGAAACGAAAGAGGGAAUGCUAAAAAUCUCGCUUUCUGUUUGGGCGGAGACUUUUUCGUUUGGGAUGAAGCAGAGCGCGCUUUUUACACGACCAAUUUACGACAGUUGAACUCUGAGGACAGCGGCAGUAGCGGGAACUACCAGACGUUACUGUGCAUAAACCCCCUCCGGUUUGAAGUGUGUCAGGUGUUGUUGAGCCCAACGAGGCAUCAUGUCGCUCUGGUCGGACAGCGGGGGGUCUCGGUCCUGGAGCUUCCUCAGCGGUGGGGUAAGAGGUCCGAGUUCGAGGGCGGGAGGAGCGAGAUCAACUGUAAGACCAUCCCAGUGGCGGAGCGGUUCUUCACCAGCUCACCGUCCGUGAAUCUGCGACAGGCUGCCUGGUACCCCAGUGAGACCGAGGAGCCCUACCUGGUGCUGCUCACAUCGGACAAUACCAUUCGGUUUUAUGGGUUGAAAUCGCCACAGACCCCGGCCAAAAUCCUCCCCCUUUCCCAGUCGGAGGAUGACAGUAGCGUCCACCAUCCCGUCCGCUCCUACGCCGCGUCUCUGGGGGAGAUCGCUGUGGCGUUUGACAUCGGUCCUGUUUCGUCCGCUCCACGGCAGCUGGCAGCACAGCUCUCCAAAGAACAGGCGGUCUACCCUCUGUACAUCCUCUACGAGAAUGGAGAGACCUACCUGAGUUAUACGAGCCAGGCAAACGGGCUGAGCAUAAGCAAACCAGCCGGACCUCUGCCCAUGUAUCCUGCAGCAGAGGAUAACUAUGGAUAUGAUGCCUGCGCCAUUCUGUGUCUGCCAUGUGUCCCCAGCAUCCUGGUGAUCGCCACAGAGACGGGCACGCUGUAUCACUGCGUGGUCAUGGAGUCUGAGGAAGAAGAAGAGACCAGAGCUGUGGAGAAGUGGAUCCGAAACACAGAAUCUGUGCCAGCUCUAUAUGUGUUCGAGUGUGUGGAGUUGGAGCUCACGCUCAAAGUAGCCACAGCAGAAGACGAGGAGCCCCAGGAGUUGGACUUUACCUGCCCAAUCAGACUCCACAGAGACCCCUUGUGUCAGUACAGGUAUCACUGCACCCAUGAAGCAGGAGUGCACAGUGUGGGGUUAAUCUGGGUCAACAAGUUACAGAAGUUCCUCCAAUCAGAUGAGGAGGAUAAGGACAGUCUCCAGGAGCUGGCAGCUGAGAAGCGCUGCAUUGUGGAGCACAUUCUCUGUACCAGACCCCUCUUAACCAGUGAAUCAGCUCCAGUGCGUGGCUUUCUGAUUGUUUCUGACCUUUCUCUGGGUGCCACCAUGAUCUGCAUCACCAACAGCUAUGAGUGCAUCCUGCUUCCCCUGCUGAGCUCCAUUCGGCCUCCCUCCCCUCCACUGCUGUGUUCACACCCAGGUCCCGGCUCUGUCAGCUCCCCUCUGAGAGGACUGGCCGACGACUCCUUCGAGCAGCACGUCCGCAACAUUCUGGCACGUAGCUCCACCAAUCCUCUUGUUCUGAAGGCUGGGGACAAGGACACGUCGCCACCACCUCCAGAGUGUCUACAGCUCCUCAGCAGAGCCACGCAGGUCUUCCGUGAGGAGUACAUUCUCAAACAGGACAUGGCCCGUGAGGAGAUGCAGAGAAGAGUGAAGCUCCUGACGGGCCAGAAGAACAAACAGCUGGAAGAGCUGACUCUGUGCAGGGAGGAAAGGAAGAGUCUGACGGAGUCAGCAGAGAGGUUGGCCGAUAAGUACGAAGAUGCAAAGUACCGCCAGGAGACCAUCAUGAAAAGGGUUAAAAAUGUGCUUGGCAGCCUGCAAAACCAGCUGCCCAUACUGUCAAACAGUGAAAAAGAAAUGAAGAAGGAGCUACAGUCCAUCAGCGAUCAGCUUAAGCACCUGGACAACCUCAUUAAACAGGUGAACAUGAAGAUGGACUACCAGAAGACACAGGUGGACAAAGACAAAGCCCUGUCUACAACCAAGGCCCCAGUUUUACUCAACGUCCACCAAAAGAAGGUUGUUCAAGAUGUCCUCAGAGAACAUGGACAGCAAAUAGGAGAUAUGAUGAAACAGAUUAAAGACAUUAAAAACCACUUCAGUUUCUAAACAUACUGCAGACUGCAUCACUAAAAGUUAAACAGACUGCACUUUUGAUGCUGUCCGUGAUUAAAUCUGAUUAAAUCAGCCCAUUUUGUAUCAUAUGAUGAGAAACAAGAAUGAAUGUUAUUGUCAUAAGUGAAUGUGCCAUGUGAUGAAUGAGUAUAUGACUUCAGAGAUAUUUUCUAUGCAUUGAUGGAACUUUACCUUUAAUACAUGUAACAUGUCAGUUAAUAGAUAGUUUCUUAUGAAAGAAAUACAACAGAUCUGUCUUCUGGUCAUGUAUAUCCUUAACGUUUUUACGUGUUAAUGUUUGAGUUGGGUUUACAAAACUAUUUUUCUUCAGUUUUUGGAUGAAAAAAAUAAAUGUUGUGUAUAAUUUGUGU